AUAAACAAGGGGGUAGGGAGAGGAAAGAGGGGCUGCCGGAGCGAUCGCAACUUCUGCAAAGUCCUUUACAAGCACACCAAGCAAAGCCAGAGGGAAUCUGAGAACCAACCAGCCCGGGUUAGAGCGGAUCGCUUUCAAAGAGGAGAGAGAGAGAGAGAGAGAGAGAGAGAGAGAGAGAGAGAGAGGCAGACUGCGAGAGAGGGAGAGGUUGGGAGAGGGAGAGAGCGCGCUUUGCAAUUGCAGAAGCCUUUUGAUUUGGAGUUAAAAAAAAAAAUUCUCCAAGAAGCCUGCAAUUGGCCAACAGCUUUUAAAAAAUCUCUUCCGGGUUUUCAACGGUUCCAAGUUUAUUUAGAAUUUUUUAAUGCAAAAAAGGGGGGACAGCAAAUGAAGCCAUUCGUCUGAGCAUUUUAAAGUUUCUCACGUACUCUUUUUACAUUGCAAUGGAUGAAUUUCAUCCUUUCAUUGAAGCACUUCUGCCCCACGUCCGAGCCUUUGCCUACACGUGGUUCAACCUGCAGGCCCGAAAGCGAAAAUACUUCAAGAAACAUGAAAAGCGUAUGUCAAAAGAAGAAGAGAGAGCCGUGAAGGACGAGUUGCUAAGUGAAAAACCAGAGGUCAAGCAGAAGUGGGCUUCUCGACUUCUGGCCAAGUUACGGAAGGAUAUCCGACCUGAGUAUCGAGAGGACUUUGUUCUUACAGUUACAGGAAAGAAACCUCCAUGCUGCGUUCUUUCCAACCCAGACCAGAAAGGCAAGAUGCGGAGAAUUGACUGCCUCCGCCAGGCAGAUAAAGUGUGGAGGUUGGACCUCGUCAUGGUGAUCUUGUUUAAAGGUAUUCCGCUGGAAAGUACUGAUGGCGAGCGCCUUGUAAAGUCCCCACAGUGCUCUAACCCAGGGCUCUGCGUCCAGCCCCAUCAUAUAGGGGUUUCUGUUAAGGAACUUGAUUUAUAUUUGGCAUACUUUGUGCAUGCAGCAGAUUCAAGUCAAUCUGAAAGUCCCAGCCAGCCAAGUGAUGCUGACAUUAAGGACCAGCCAGAAAAUGGACAUUUGGGCUUCCAGGACAGUUUUGUCACAUCAGGUGUUUUCAGUGUGACUGAACUAGUAAGAGUGUCACAAACACCGAUAGCUGCAGGAACCGGCCCCAACUUUUCUCUCUCUGACUUGGAAAGUUCUUCAUACUACAGCAUGAGUCCAGGGGCAAUGAGGAGGUCUCUACCCAGCACGUCCUCUACCAGCUCCACAAAGCGCCUCAAGUCUGUGGAGGAUGAAAUGGACAGUCCUGGUGAAGAACCAUUUUACACAGGCCAAGGGCGCUCCCCAGGGAGUGGCAGUCAGUCCAGCGGAUGGCACGAAGUGGAGCCAGGGAUGCCAUCUCCAACCACACUGAAGAAGUCUGAGAAGUCUGGUUUCAGCAGCCCAUCCCCUUCACAGACCUCUUCCUUGGGAACUGCGUUCACACAGCAUCACCGACCUGUCAUUACAGGACCGAGAGCAAGUCCGCACGCGACACCAUCGACUCUUCACUUUCCAACAUCACCCAUCAUCCAGCAGCCUGGGCCUUACUUCUCACACCCAGCCAUCCGCUACCACCCUCAGGAGACGCUGAAAGAGUUUGUCCAGCUUGUCUGCCCUGAUGCUGGUCAGCAGGCUGGACAGGUGGGGUUCCUCAAUCCCAACGGGAGUAGUCAAGGCAAGGUGCACAACCCAUUCCUCCCCACCCCCAUGUUGCCGCCGCCGCCGCCACCACCGAUGGCCAGGCCUGUGCCUCUGCCCGUGCCAGACACCAAGCCUCCAACCACGUCAACAGAAGGAGGUGCAGCCUCCCCCACCUCACCAACCUACUCGACACCCAGCACCUCCCCCGCAAACCGAUUCGUCAGUGUUGGACCACGGGAUCCAAGCUUUGUAAAUAUCCCUCAACAGACACAGUCCUGGUACCUGGGAUAAAAGUUGCAGCAUCCCACCAUCCACCAGACAGACCACCUGACCCCUUCUCAACUCUGUAACAUGGACGCAACCUCAACCCAGCGCAGUUACAACUUCACUGUCAGUGGAAGGGGAGAAAAACCGAUUCAGAUCAACUUGUACAUGGAAACAGCAAGCAUUAUGGUCAAACAGCAAAGGCCAUAACCUUUUGGGAUUUUUUUUUUUUAAAUACUUUAGGACUGUUGUAAUUUCUCAUAUGGUGCUGGAAAUGGUUGGGCUGUGUGACAUUUGAAGUGUUUCGGUGGUGGCGUGAGCAUUCGGUGAGGUGGCUGGCUGAGGAUGACCCUUGCUCACUGACUUCCUGUUGUAACACACUUCCCUUGUGGAGCCUGGCCUUUUCACAGUAUUUCAUGAAUUUGCCCACACAGGUGUGAUCCUCCCUGAGCAUUAGGAGGCGAUCAGAGAACUAAAUCUUUUGUAGUAGCUGAGAUCUGCAAUCUAUAACUUACGGACAGUCAAAGGGCAAUGUUUUCCUGUAACAUUGGAAACAGAAAAUGCAGUUACGUUUCUUUUUUAUCUUUCUUUUAGUUUGGUUUGGUUCAGCAGUCAGCAGUUAAGGACAUAACACGGCCCGCAAGGACAGUGAACCCACUCAUGUUGCAGAACAAUUCCGAAAACGGCAAAGACUACUACUAUUCAGUUUUUUAAAAGUUUUGAAAUGCUGCACUUACAUUUAAAAAAAAAAAAAAAGAACCAUUUUUUCAACAAUUUCAACAAUGACACAAAAAUUCAUAUGGAAAUGGGGAAGAUGGUCUGUUUUGACAGAAACUGACAGGAAUCAAUCAAAACAAUCGAAUUUUGAAUUGAGUAAAGUGCAAUUUCAUUGGAUAGCUAAGUAUCUUUGUAAGAUAGAGAUUGUUGAAAAUUCUAUUUUUGUUUUUCAAGUCCUUCCACCCCAGGACUCUAAAUUAUUGGGGUAAAAAACAGCCUUGCAAGAAAAAGGGGAGCUAUUUUUGCUUUUUAUGUUUUUUAUUGUUAAACUUGUAUCCCUUUAAAAACUGAAGGAAAUUAAAAAAAAAAAAAACAAAAAAAAAACAAAUCUAAUGGUGCUUUUACCACAAUAUGUUAACUACAUUAAAUGCUAAUUAAUUAUUUUCUGUUAUCAAAGCACAUAACUCAAAUGAAAUCAUGGUAUCUGUUAAUUUUAUAAGCUAGAAGUCACUAUAAUGAAUUAUGCCAAUUCUGAAAAUUUUUACUUAUAUCUGGCAAUACCGGAUUUAUCAGUUAUCAGACACCUCAUUGUACCAGAGAUUGUCCAGAAGUUUCAAAGACCUUUGCAACCCUGAACUGGGCUAUGGGAAAAUAAUAGCAAACCAAUAUGACACAACUGCUGUGCCCAUUCAGAUCAAGGGUACUUGUUAGGGAAAAGUCGAAAAAAGUUUGCACCCCCCAAAUGUCUUGUAGCUUAUGUUUAAAAAAAAAAAAAAAAAGACAAAAAAACCCAAAAAACAAAAAAAAAAAAGCAGAAACAUAAACAGGAAAAAAAAAAUGCAAGUGAUUUUUCUACCAGACAGCGAAGCACCCCUUUGCUUCCCAUGCAACCUCAAGAAGGUUUCCUAUACUAUACAUAUAUAUAUGUUCUGGUCGGCAGGUACUGCUGACCGGAGGAAGUCUCUGCAUGUUCUAGUGUUAGUAACUAAUUUUUAUAUAGUUAAUGUAGGAUAAAGUAGAGUGCAUUAAGACACAAUAUUGGAAUCCCUACUCUAGGCACUUGCCUUUAAACUAUGUUUUUCAGCCCUUCAGAAGGGCUCUACUACUGUCCUAUACAAUCAAGUGACUGAAAUUCUUGGGAAGACACUUUGCUCCUCAUCUUUACCCCCAAACAAUGUUGUUUUGUUUUGUUUUUUUUCCUUAAUUUGCACGAAAACAGAAAUUCCAUAUCAAUGUGCCUUGCCCUGGAUAGCGACUAUUUGUGGAAUUGUUGCACACGCUCCUUGAUUGAAGGGGUUUUCCCUAGUCAAGCAUUCGGAGACACUUUUUGUAAAUGUGACUUUUAUGUCAGCCAUCGUCAGUUUCAACAUCUAGACCUAAUAGAAAGGUAGCUGUUCCGCAGACAGGAGUAGUCUCGAUUGUCCUAUGUGGUCAGUGGCAGUGCUAUUCUGAGCUCUGUAGAUGCUUACGAUAUCAGUAUUUGGGAUGUUGCUGCAUUUUACAAUUUAUUUGGAGUCUUCCUUUAUUUUUCCCCCAGAUAUAUGAAAAUAUGCAAUACCUGCUUAUAUCAUGUAGAAAAGCUUAGUGAUUAUUUUUUCCUUCUUUCUUUCUUUUUUUUUUUUUUUUUUUUUUUUAUUUGACCAAAGUCAGUGCUGCACUUGACGCAGUGUGUUUGUCUUUGUCCUUUUCUGUGGUUUUGGAUGCACGUGCGCAGGAAGGGUUCCUCUUAGAGAAGCAGUCAAACUGUGAAGCACUAAGCUGACCCUGCUUCAAGCAAUUUUGUUUUCACAACUGUUCCUUUCACAAGCAAGCCUUAAAAAAAAAAAAAAAAAAGACAACUUCCUUUUUCUUCAGCUCCCACACCCCAUUUUUCUUAGCAGACUGCAGUCAAUCCACAUUCAAUAAAAAGUAUAUAAUGCCCAUUUUUAUAUGCACGUUUUUAAACUUCCAAGUUCUGAAAAUUGUUUACUGGUUAUCUCUAUUUAAGGAAAAAAAAAUAAAAUAAAACAUUUUGGAUUUUCAUAUGUGUCUGAUAAGUGGUUGAAUAGUCGUUUGGCGCUGUUGUAUGGUGUGAUUGUCAGUGUACGGUGUCACUUCCUAUAGCCAGCCAGCCAGCAUACUUUGCCUUUCCCUUUAGCACUUAGCUGGGCAUUACUUUGUUAUGACAUAUGUGCACUAAAAAAAAAAAAAAAAAAAAAAAAAAAAAAAUAGAGAGAGAAAAAAAAGAAAGAAAAAAUAGCGGCUUUCAGUGCUUCACAGUGAAGGGAAAAAAAGCCUAGACAAACAUUUUGUCAGAACCUUGCAAUAAGCCAAGGUAUUACCAGUAAAUUGGUUGUAUAUACAAUAAAAUUGCACCCUUUUUUAAACAAAACAAACUAAGCAAUAGUUUGGGCAGUUUUAGUUGUUUUUAGUGAGCAUGUUGUAGUCAUGACUGCAAAGAGAGAGAAUAAACUGCCCACUCAGAAGAUAUGUAAUUUGUAUUGUUGUAUAGUUUUAUUGAUUACACUGAUUUAUUCUACCCUAUUUUAUAAUGCAGGACUUUUGUAAUGUUGUUUAAAUGAGGAAAAAUUCCUGUCAAAUUAGCCUAGUAAAAUUUCUGAUUGUUCAUUAUAAAGGCAGCGUUCAUAGAAUUGCUUUUCUUUCUUUUUCGCCCCCUUUGGGAACUGGAUUUAAGUUUAAAACUUUCCUGUUUCCUUUUUUUUUUUUUUUUUUUGUAAGUAUUUAAAUACAGUUAUUUUUCUGUCAAUGGUAUAGCAUACUCCUAUGCUUAAGAAGCAUAGGUCUACUGAAAACCCAUUGCAAAUGGACGUUACAUGUAUGCUGUAUUUUUGAAGGUAUUUUGUUGUGUUAAGUUUGAUGAAGCUAAAAUUACAGAACUCUGAACAGAUUUGCAGGAAAAAAAAUGUUUUAAAGGCUUUAAAACAUUGGGGAGGCAGUAUAGGGAGAUAACAAACAGGGGUUAAGUAUUAAAUACACUAAGUUCCAUUUUUGUUCAUGUUUCAUUGUCUAGAAAGCAGCAGGAAAUUGUAGUUCAGUUGUGAUCAAGCAGGAGUAACAAAACACCAACAAUCCAAGUGUUUUGCUUUUUAGGUUAAAAGCUGAAUGAAGGUGUUUGAGGAAGACUUUGCUACUGGAGUGUAUAGACAGACAGACUUGAAAGCUAGCAGCAUUUGAAGGCCCAGCCUUGAUUCUGAGACACAUUGAAUUUUUUCUCUCCCAUCCAAUGGCAUUAACACAGUUGGCAAAGGCGGUCCCUCAGGUGACUCCCCAGGUUUUUUUCUUUGGGAACUGAAGUCAGAGGCACAAACACUAACUCUUAGCAUCUUCCAGUCAACGCUUCCUUUUGGCCUAUCUCCUGGCCACUGUUACCCUCCUUUUCUAACCCCUCCUGGGCAGAGACCCUCUCUGGUGCCACUGUCCCCACCCUCCAGCCCCUCACUUCUCUCUGAGGCAUGACUUUUCACCCCCUGGCUUGAUUUAUACCCAGCUACUCCCCACCAGGGGCCACCAUGCAGAUGGACUCCUACAGGGCCAGCCAGGCUACAUCUCCAAAUUGUGUUCUUCCCGGUAUACAGGACCCAAAUUUCCAGUCAUGCUGUGCUGUAGUCAGUCAGCCUACAGGAAUAUGCAAAACCCAUCUCAAAAAGUUUGUCUUUCACCUUUUAAAACUUUGUCUUCAUAUGUUUUGAAUUGUGUAGUGAUAAUAUCAUGAGGUAUUUACAAAGGAAAACAUUUCCCCCCCCCAUGGUAUUUUUUUGUGGGGAAAGGUUUCCAAGAAUGUCAUUUAAUGUACUUUUACACCACAGUUCUAGACACUUCUUUGUCCAGGGUACUCUAUCAUUCUCCCCUCCUGCACUCCCUCCCUCCUUCCCUCUCUGUAUGUGUCUCUCUCUCUCUGGGUUUUCUUUGCUUCUUUUUCCUUUACCAUUUCUGAUAGCAGGCCUCCAUAGAACAGGUGUAAAAUACAAGAGGCAUGGUCAUGUGAGGAGAACUUUGGUGCGCCUCCCGCCCACCAGUCAGACAGUCCCAGACAGUCCCAGAAGCCGUUCUGCCCUGCGGGCAUGACUUUCAUUCUCAUCAGCUCCCGAGGCCAUUUUGUCUUGAAGUCAAUGCAUGUAGUUACUGUUUGACAGUAAACCUGCUCUGCCUUCUCUACGUCCGAGGCUGCGCAUUCUUCUAAUUAGCGUCAUGUAUGUUUCCCCUUUAUUUUUUCCAAUAAAGAAGCCGUGGGAUGAAAAUUGCUUUGAUAUAUAGCAGGUAUAUCGAAGCUAUUCCAUAGCACUUAACUGUAGUGAAUACUGUGUCACCAGUUCUGAAAUCAGUUUAAUGUCUAAUGCAAAUCCAUUACAUGGUGCUAUUACAGGCUGACAAAAUGAUUUACACAAAUGUGACAACUCGGGCUCAAUUCACUCAGCUUCCCCACAGUAUAAAUGCAUAGCAGUGUUUAUCUGCAUGAGAACUAUGCACUAAUCUAUCUGAAGAAAAAAAAAAAACUAUAUCAACUUUGUGGUAUCUACUUUCCGUUUACUUCAAUCCUUGCCUUUUUGGUCAUUGUUAUAAUGCCAGCUUUAGGACAGAAAGAAUUAUAAGAAAACCAGCAUAAUACCUGAUAUAUUAAAAUGUAGUGCCUGUGAAAUCUGUAUUAUAUUGCUCUUCUGAAGUAAGAUUUUUUCUACACCGGUAGCCUUCGCUGUCUGUCAGUCAGGACCUCUGGUAUAGGUGAUGUAAAAUAACCGUACAAUAUUAUGCAUGCUAUUCCAUAAUGCUUAGUGAACUGUAUGAAUAUUACUCAAAGUUAUGUUGGUCUUUUUUUUUCUGACUCAGUUCCUGUCAGCUAGGUUUAAAGGUAUUUCACUGAGAACGCAAAUUCUGUCUCUUCAUUUAGGCUGUUUUCAGUAUUUUGGAGAUACACAUUUACUUAAAUUCAGUAUUACGUGUAUUUUGUUUUGUUUUGUGUUUUUUCUUUCUCCUAAGGGACAAGCAUGGGUGUUUGAUUUCAGAAAUCAGUAUCUGGUGAAAUUUUUGUCUCAAAACUAUUGUUUGAAUUUCAAGAACUCUGCUGUGAAACCACUUUGAGAACACUUCCAAGUGAGAGUCAUUUUCUUGACCCUGGCCGAAGCGAUGAACCCAUACCGAAGCGUCUCAGUGGACAGUGCUCACCAGGCACCCAUGCUUGAUCCGUCUCACACCAGACCUCCUCAUAUUAAAAAGACAAAAGAAAAAAAACUUUAAGAAAUCACGUGGCUAUUUAGUUACAUGCACAGAUGCGAUAUUUUCUUCAAAAAUAUAACUCUGUACAAACUUUGGGCCCGAUUCAUAAGAAAAAGAAGUUUCCUAUUAACACGGGAUUUUUUUAAGUAUGCCCCUCUUUUGGUCUAAAUUUGAAACUGCUUGCUUCCCAAGUUGAAUAAAUUUUGUUUUAUUUUUACUCCUGAAUCAGAACCCAUCCUAUCUACCUUUUAGUCUCCAGAGGGCUAUGCCAAGCAGGUGAGAGAUAGGGUAUGAGGGAGGAGCAGACCCCAGCAGGGCUCAGCCAAGUGGGACCCCUAGAACCGGGCGAUAGCACAUGGGGCACAACCAUCCCUGUGAGCCAGGCCCCCCAGGUUUCACAUAGCACUCAUGAGUUGUUUGGGUCAAACCACAAACUUUGCAAAAAUAUGUCUAGACCCCAAGGGUAUACCGUGGAAGUGCCACCUCUGGUCUAGCUAGAGCACAUUCAUGGUAGAAAAGGCCCAAGGGCUUGUAAAAUGUGAACUUUGCUGUCUCCACAGUGGUUUUAAAGGCACAUAGUGUCCAACGAACAGGGCUGUUCUUCCUGCUGUUUAACGCUUAAUUUCUCAAAAAGCCUCAUUUUUUUUCUUUUCUUUGAUUGUUACUUAUAUCACUAUUAUUAUUUUUUUUUUCUUGGCAAUGACCUGAAAAUUGGCUUUUUUUAUCCUUUAGCAUUCUCAACUAAAGGUCUUAGGCCCCUGGCCAUGUUAGGGCAGAGGUGUGAGGGAGCUGGCACUUUCUCCCUGGUUAUUCUCAGGCUUCUGUCUUCACUGCGAAGGCACCUACUAGCCUCGCCACUGAGAUGCCAGGCAGACCGGACUAGGAGCACCAGCAACUUUCAGGGCGUCCUAGGAAGAUGGUCAAGGCCAAGUCUGUGGUCCCCUCUCUUCCAUUCUCCCUGAAAUUUCCCACCACAAAUGGAAAUUGUCUGUUCAGAGUGCCUCUGAUUUUCAUAUCAAAUUGGGGGGGGGGAGGCUUAAAUACUUCCAGUGACAGCAAAAAAGAUCUUUGCUAAAUGAAACACCCGUGUUAAUAACUUGGUCUGAAAUUUGUUUUUAUGAGCCGGGCCCCCUGUGCCUCUAGUAUGCUUGUAUUGACUCUCAUAGUUACCCUUUUAGUUUACUGUGUUCUGUGAAAAUUUGUAAUUGGUUGAGAAUCACUGUGGGCGUCCAUUCUUAUCAACUAAAUCUCCACAGGGUUUUUGAGCUGGUGUGGAUUAGUUUAACUCUUGUAUUCAACCGUUAGUGCUACCACCUUCUCACAUUACAAUACAAUUACUGGAAGCAAGUACUGCAUUUCCUAUGCAACAAAAAAGGAAAAAUAAAAAAUUGCUAAUGCUA